UACUAAGCGUGAAACUGACUGGGAGCGGGUUGCACGAGUUACUUAAGAGUUGAAAUUAGAAACUUUGAAAACAUUUUCCAAAGUUUUCAAAAGCUGGAUUCCCGAUGCUACCGCCGUCUGUUUGGAAGUGAUUUCAUAGGGCAGGAAAGUAAAGAAACGAGCGCAUUUCCGGACAAGAUGACCAAGUUACAGGUGUUGGAAAUAUACUUACUAUGGAUAGUAAAUGGUGUUGCCUCACAAUCAGUGUGUGCUGGCACAGAAAAUAAGUUGAGUUCACUAUCUGGCCUCGAGCAACAGUACCAGCAACUCCAGAAGAUGUACACAAACUGCGAGAUUGUGAUGGGCAACUUGGAGAUCACAAACAUCGAUGCUAACCGCAACCUCACGUUCCUGAGGUCAAUCCGGGAGGUGACAGGAUACGUUCUGGUGGCCCUCAAUCAGUUUGAGUAUCUUCCUUUAGAAAACCUACGAAUUAUACGUGGCACAACACUGUACGAUGACAAGUAUGCACUCUCAGUCAUUCUCAAUUAUCGGAAGGAUGGAGUUCAUGGGUUGAAACAACUUGGAUUUAAACAGCUAACAGAGAUUCUGGUAGGAGGUGUGUAUUUGGAAAGCAACAAUUUCCUGUGUUACACACAGGCCAUUAACUGGGCUGACAUUCUUCAUAAUCCAAAGGAGAGACUGGACUUCAAUGAGACAAAGGACUUCAUAAAAGGCUGUGCCAAGUGUCAUGCAUCUUGUAAUGGACAUUGCUGGGGCCCUGGUGAGGAUGACUGUCAGACCUUGACUAAAUCAGUGUGUGCUCCUCAAUGCAAUGGUCGAUGCUUUGGACAACACAACCCCAGUGAGUGUUGCCACAGUGAAUGUGCCGGUGGAUGUUCAGGACCAAAAGAUACUGACUGUUUCGCAUGCAGGCGGUUUAAUGAUAGUAAUGCCUGUGUCCCAGUCUGUCCACAACCAUUAAUUUACAACAAGCAAUCCUAUCAGCUGGAGCGCAACCCAGAUACCAAGUAUAUGUAUGGAGCUUUCUGUGUGAAGAGUUGCCCUGCAAACUUUAUUGUUGACCAAAGUUCUUGCGUCCGGGCUUGUCCAAGUGACAAGAUGGAGGUUGAGAAAAACGGCGUGAAAAUGUGUGAGCCAUGUGAUGGUCUUUGUCCGAAAGCUUGUGCCGGGACUGGAGCUGGGAGUCGAUAUCAGACAGUGGAUUCAAACAACAUUGAUCAGUUUAUCAACUGCACAAAGAUCACAGGAAAUCUUGACUUUCUCAUCACUGGUAUCAAUGGCGACUUGUAUCACAAAAUUGCACCUCUUGAUCCAGAAAAACUGAAGGUAUUUCGAACUGUUCAAGAGAUAACAGGUUACCUGAAUAUUCAGUCCUGGCCACAAAACAUGACGGAUUUCAGUGUCUUUUCCAAUCUAACUACUAUUGGAGGCAGGACACUUUACAACCGUGGCUUGUCUCUGAUGAUCAUGAAGUUGAAGCAAGUGACGUCUCUUGGGUUUCAGUCGUUAAAAGAGAUUGGUGCUGGACAGGUGUAUGUGGCUUACAAUAAACUACUCUGCUACUAUCACACAUUGAACUGGACAACACUGUACAGUCGGAGGACAUUGAUCCCUGAACCCAUCAUCAAGAAAAACAAACUAGAAGCAACCUGCAAGGCUGAGAAGAAGGUGUGUGAUCCAUUAUGUUCCAGUGAUGGAUGUUGGGGGCCAGGUCCCAGCCAGUGUCUAUCCUGUGCCUUCCAUAGCCGUGGUGUCACCUGUGUGAAAAGCUGUAAUUUCCAGGAAGGAGAUCAGCGAGAGUAUGCUGAUGGCUCCAUGUGUGUGCAAUGUCACCCAGAAUGUAAGAAGAUCGAGAGAGGCCCAACCUGCAAUGGGACGGGACCUGCUCACUGCUUUCAGUGCGCUCAUUACAAAGAUGGACCCAACUGCGUGGCAAAGUGUCCAGAAGGAAUCCAGGGAGAGAGGGGUCUCAUCUUCAAAUAUCCAGACAAGAACAAAGAAUGCAAACCUUGCCAUGAGAACUGUACCCAAGGGUGUAAGGGUCCUACUGUGCUGGACUGUUCUCGCUAUCCUUGGAUGGCUCCCAUCAAAGCAUUACACAAUAGACAAAUCCCUCAGAUUGUGGCAGCAGUGGUUGGAGGGCUGAUGGCCGUGAUGCUUGUGGUGCUGCUGGGCCUCAUUUACUGGAGAAGGCAGAUCAUUCGGAAGAAGAGAGCAAUGCGCCGAUACCUAGAGAAGGAGAUGCUUGAGCCCCUUGAUCCCAAUGCUGACUCGCCCAAUCAAGUAAACACCCGAAUUCUGAAGGAGACAGAAUUGCGGAAAGUAAAGGUGCUGGGAUCUGGAGUAUUUGGAACAGUGUACAAGGGGCUCUGGAUUCCUGAGGGAGAGACUGUGAAGAUUCCAGUGGCCAUCAAGGUCCUGCAGGAAGGGCGUCACUGUGAGACUUCAAGAGGCGUGAGUGAAGACAUGCUGAUGGUGGGCAGUCUGGAUCAUCAUCAUGUCUUACGGCUCCUUGGAAUCUGCCCUGGGGAACCACUCCAGGUAGUCACGCAACUCCUGCCACUUGGCUCUCUGCUUGAAUACCUCCACAAAAACAAGAGUAACAUCCAAUCUCAUCUGCUUCUCAACUGGUGUGUUCAGAUUGCCAAGGGUAUGAGAUACCUGGAGGAGAAGAAGAUGGUCCAUCGAAAUUUGGCUGCCAGAAACGUAUUGGUAAAAUCCCCCAGCCAUGUUCAAAUCACAGACUUUGGCAUCACCAACCUCUUGGCAUUAGAUGAGAAAAAGUAUUUCUUCGAUGAAGUGAAGAUGCCCAUUAAAUGGAUGGCACUAGAGAGCAUUCACUUUAGAAGAUACACCCACCAAAGUGAUGUGUGGAGUUACGGCGUCACUGUUUGGGAGUUGAUGACAUUUGGUAAUAAACCAUAUGAAGGAAUUGCUGUCCGUGAAAUCCCUGGUCUCUUGGAGAAGGGUGAACGCCUGCCACAGCCUCAGAUCUGUACCGUUGAUGUGUAUAUGGUCAUGGUGAAAUGCUGGAUGAUCGAUGAGGACAGUCGCCCAACAUUCAAAGAGCUUGGUGCCGAAUUUUCCCGGAUGGCUCGCGAUCCAGCUAGAUACUUAGUUAUUGAGGGUGAUGACCGGGCCAGCAAUACAUAUGUUGGUGAUCAAAGAAUUCUGCGUGAAUACGAGGAAGACCUCAUGGAUUAUGAUGACCUUGAUGAAGAUUUGAUGGCAACCAUGAUGGAUAACCCAACAUCUGCAGGAUUCAGACUGAGAAUUGAAUCUAGCAGGAGUAACAGUUUGCCAGCAGGGUACAUGCCAAUGAAUGGGAUUGGUCCAAACGGCUCUCGACAGGCUGGGAUGAGGAAUGGAGAUCUGGGGUCAAAGCGCUCCCUAAGGAUACGGAAUGAGUCUACAACUCGAACUAUCUCAGAGUCAUCAGAAGGACGAGGUACGGCAUCUUCACUUGAUCUAUAUGAAGACAUAUCUUUGAACGGAACACUUCAGCUCCGAGGCCACCGCUCAAGGGACAGUAGUGCACGUUUCUCCAAUGGCACAAACAUAAUAAUUUCCCCUUCUGAUGAAGCAGAGGUGGACAUUAAUGGUUAUGUGAUGCCAGAACAAAGAAACUCUACAGCUGAGAGUCUGAUGAAACCUGCCAAUGAAGUCGAUCCCUUGAAUAAUAAAGUCAGCGAUGUGAAUAAUACCCAGUCACUUGAGAGCCAAAAAGAAUCUGACUCGAAACCAAGUGAUCAUCAGGAAUAUGAGUACAUGAACAAACGGGCCUACCUCAACGGCUGUCUGAGUGUCGUGCAGAACCCUGAAUAUCUGGAUGACAGUACUGUCUUUGUUACUGAGGGUGACAUUCAUGCCUUUGAUAAUCCAGACUACUGGCACAGCAGUCUCCCAGCAAAGUCAGAAAUAAAGAGGACAUAAAGAACCAGCUUCAGGAUCCUAUUUAGGGAGCUACAUUACAGCAAGGAAAAUGAGUUCAUUUCUGAACUUUGAAAUGUAGGUUGUGGUGGGGGCGCAUGGGAAGAGAAAAGAGAAUACAAAAUCCUAGAUCACUGAAUCAGAAAUGUUUACAUUGUAACUAAAGAGAGAGACUGUUUUACUUAUUUUCCUUGUGUGUAAUGCUAUCCAGUUUGGAUCCUUACAUGAUGUACAGUGAUGCUGAACCAUACACCUACCAUUAUGUCAGUUUUUUUUCUCUUUUUCUCUCACAUGCACUAGUGAAUGUCCAGGAAUAAUAUUGCUGUGUUUUAGUCGUGGGAUGAGAGAGCUGUGUUUAAACCAGAUACUUGCCAAACAUGUAAAUGUUCAAUGCAUCUUGUUGCAUGUCUUCAUGGAACAUGGAGUAAACUCACCAAACAGCCCCUUUAGAUAGAGGAACUUCCUAUCUCUUGCUAUUGAUAUGCAGUGGAGGGAAGGGAUGCUUUUGUGCCUUGUCCGUUUACUCAAAAUUCUUUUGUACUGUUGAUCCAUAACAAAAUGCAGAAGGCCACCACAGAUUUCUCCAGUUCUCGCUGCUUUUCUAGUCAUGGUGCUGUAGCCUGCAGGUCAGAGUUUUUGCAACUAAACAAUAUGGGACUUUGGCAAGGAGGCUGACCAAGCAAAGUAGAAUGGCAUUGAACCACAGAUUCUAAUGGUAUAUUGUUCAUCAUUCAGCUGAAGGACCACCACUGAUCACUAUGUUAAUAUAUGACAGCAUUAUUGGAGCAGAAAAGAUAUUAAUCGAUUCCAACAGCAUAUUCAAGUGAAUGGAAAGAAGCAUAAUUUCCUCCCCAUCACAAGAUUUGCCCUCUCAUGGGGAAAAAUGAAGAUUGUGAGGCUCAAACUGGAAAAAAAAACUCUGCAAGACCCAUUAAGUGAAGCCAUUGACUGGCCUGUGCUGAGCUACAACAAUUUGGCUUUCUUUUUCAAGGAAGCUACAGGGUUGUGAUUAGAUGUUAAUGCCUGGGAAUCUGCCACCAAUUUUAUUUUUCUGGAAUUAUUUUUUCAAAUGUUUAUUACAUUUUAAAGUGCUCAGAUCUGAAAUGGACUUUUUUCUCCAUAUUUUUUGAUUACCACUCUAAGGCAGAAGCCUUAUAUGCAGUUUGAGAAGAUGAGCGACAUUAGGAAUAAUUUUGUAAUUUGGAGGGAGAAUGUAAAAUAUGUUGAAAAUUAUGCUGAAGGGCAAGGUGGAAACAGACCUUUCCUUCUCAAUUCCACCCUCAACCUAACAGCUGUAAUCAAAUUAUCAGUCAGGAAGGGAAGGGUUGAUUAUAUUCUUAGUGGAGCAGCAUGGUCUUUCAGUUAGCCAUGUAUGUUAUGACAAAAAAAUGGGAGCAUAACACGUUUUCAAGGAAGUUUCAGAAUGACUUCAUAAUUAAAAUAAUCACAUUUUUAACAUUUCAAAUUUAAAGGCAGUAAAAGUGAAUGGAGAUGUGGGCUCAGACUGACUUUCAAUACUGUGGAACAAACUGGUCCCUUUGCCAAACUUGGUAAGAUUUUUGGUGGUUUCACGAUUGAGUCAAGAAUUAGCCUUAGACUGGCUACAAAACAAAAUUCUAGAAUAAAGGUCAUUUAGAUAGCACUGAAUGCCAUAUCAUUCUGUCAUGAGAAAUCCAAAUCUGGAUCUUUAAUAGCUCAUUUUAUUCUCAAUAUUUUAAGAGGUGUUUUUAAUGAAUGUGAUUCUACCGUUCUUGUUGAAUUCCAUAAUUGUUUAAUAAGUAGUAAGAAAUCUUAUUUGUUCCUCAAAUGUACAGUGUCCUCUAUUUGAGCAGUGUGUUUCUGAGCACCUAUUAAUGAAGUUAUUAACUACUCCCCAACCAAACAUCCUCUAUGAUUGUAUCUGAUUAUCAUACACAGUAGCAAGAGAAAUUCUACAUUUUUGUUUAUAUAUAAAUGUAAAGCUGGGAUACUUGAAGAUAACGACGUGUGAUCAGUGUUUUAAAGAGUAACCCUGAUAGGGACUAGGGAUCACAAGCCAUUGAUCUCGGAACCUGUUAUGAAUAUUUGUAGAUUUUCAUGAAUUAAGUUCUAUACUGUAUGUUCUUUACUUGCCUUUAACAAGUAAAGCAGCAGUGACACGUUUACGAACCAAUUCGUCUCAGACUCCUUUGGGUGUUAUUUGAAAGGGAAAGACUAUGACCAAUCCAUUGGUCUGGUCUGAUCAGUUGCAAUUUUUAAAUUUAGCACCUAUCAAGAUGUCUUACAUAAUCAAAUUUUAUAUAUAUUCUCCCUUUCAUUCAAGAUGUGGUGUACAACAACACAAAAAUGACUAUUCUUCAUGUGUGAGAAAAGGUCUGAUUAUUGAAGGAUAAUUCUACACAUCACACUAAUCCCAUUGUCACCUAGAGUGUCUUCCUUGUGCGUGUACCAGCAAGGCAUUGUUGGGGAGGGAUCACUGGAUUGCAAUAAGUGGUGAGAAACCUGCAUGUUUUUUAUCCACUAUCUAGCCCAGGGCUGCUGCUGCCAUUCAGAGAUCAGCUAAUUUGGUACUUUCUCUCUUGUGGACUGCAUUGACAAUGUAUCAACAGAAGGUGCCUUUUUCCAUCAAACUGUUGAGGGAGCUAAAUGAUUUUGUGUUCUUUUCUCCCUAUUCUGUCCUGACAGUGCUGACUGUUGAUUAGAAGACAGCUUCACCAAGAGCUUGCAACUUUCAGCACUUUACUCAAAUGUCCCUUCUUGUGUGAUUGUUGAUCAUUAGUGGGUACAAGAAGAAAUCAACCAGACUUUCCAUUCCUAAUCACUAACUAUCUAGUGCCUCCUGCGGGAAAAUGUGUGCGCGUGUUAAUUCCAGAUACGAACAAAACUAAGGUCAGCUUUAAUUACUUGUACUAUCUGGACUGUCAAAAGGAAAAAUAACUGCUUGAGUCUAAUACUGAAGGGUAGAUCUGAGGACUAAGGACUGCCUUCAGGUAAGGAGGGGACAAAAUGGUGAUGGGCAAAAGAUUUCUUCAAAAAAAAAUGCCUUUGCUGCUCACAGUUUGUAACAUGUUUGAAAGGGGCGUUUCACGUUAAAUUAACCCUGUGAUUACUUAAAAUCCACUAUGCCUUGAAGUACAUAAACCUGUUCCAAUACAGUACCUCCAGGACUGAUUUAUUUUCAUUUUCUGAGACAACAAUGCUUAAUAUAUUAAGCAAAUUGUAAUGAAGAACAGCAGUCAAAUAAACUUUUUAAUUAAUAGUCUAUUUUUAAAAGAUCUAUUAGCAUUGAAGUGAUUGUUUUUCAGAGUAUGAGUUUGUGACGGAUGAGUAGCUGAGUAUUAAAUGCAAAACUGACUGUAGUAUGAAAUGGGGGAGACAGUUAGAUUAUCUCUUCCUUGUUAAUAUUCAUAAGAAAAAUUUCUUAAUUUCUGUGUGCUUACUGCUGUUUUUAUACAAUUUUAAGGGACUGGUUGAUAACUUUGGAGUGUUCCACCCUUUUG